UCUUUUAUGCUCUUUGAUUCAUUGUGUUAGUCUAAAGAAAAGUUCCUUCGUGUGAAGUGAAGCUGAACAAAAUAAUGGCCAAUGUGAUUCUAUUGCAAUCACCUCCACCAAAGUUGGAGGAAGUGCAGAAAACAAUAUUCAGUAAAGAUGCAAGAAACUUUUUGGAACUCCUACAUAGAGAAUUUAACGAAAAGAUUGAGAAACUUUAUAGGGAUCGGCAGCAACGCUACGUAGAAAAUCGCUCAAAAGUUUCCUUAGAAUUUAAGGUUUCCUCUGAAAGAAACGAUAAGUCUUGGAGCAUAGCACCAUUGCCGACUAGACUACAAAACCGACACCUGGAUCUUGGAGAUGUAUCACCAUCAAACACUGCACACUUUGUGUCUGCUCUAAAUGAAGACGUUGAAGGUAUUCAAGUGGACUUUGACGAUGGCCACUGUCCGACUUGGAAAAACCAAUUAGUUGGAUACCAUAAUAUUGGUCUAGCUGUUAAUGGAAAACUUCCUGGAGCACCUAUGAAUAUAGCUAUGUCUCCAAUCCUGAUGUUACGGCCAAGAGCUUGGAAUAUGAUUGAACAUAACAUUUUAAUUGAUGGCAAAGAAGCAAUAGGUCCUCUUGUAGAUUUUGGUAUAUUAAUGUACCACAAUGCAAGAAAACUGUAUGAAGCAAGCAGUGGUCCGUACUUUUACCUAUCGAAGUUGGAGGGAUCAUCGGAAGCAAAGUUAUGGAACGAUAUAUUCAUAUGGGCCCAAGACCAACUGGGAUUGCCAAGGGGCACAAUAAAAGCCUGCGUGUUAAUAGAAAAUAUUAUAUCCGUAUUUGAAUUGGAUGAGAUAUUAUUUGCAUUGAGAGAGCACUCGUUGGGUCUCAACUGUGGGAUUUGGGACUACUGCGCUUCAAUCAUAGCUAAGUUUGGCGAUCGCGAGGAGUUCCUCAUCCCAGACCGGAGUAAGUACGUGAACAUCACGCGUCGUUUCCUGCACAGCUACCUGCAGUUGGUAGUAAGCGCGUGCCACGCGCGCGGCGCGCCCGCCACUGGGGGUAUGGCAGCCGCUGUGCUCGCGCCGGGCACCGACGGUACUGAUGAUGAAUCCAAAAAGAUAGUCAACAAGAUUUUGGAGGCCAAGAUUAAAGAAAUAGAAAUUGGUGUCGAUGGGUUCAUGGUGUAUGACUCACGCGCAGUUCCUUAUAUUAACAGGCUCUGGAAGAAUUACGGGUCGUUGCCUAAUCAGAUAUUCCGUAAAUUGGAUGUGAAUAUAACUCCCGAGGAUCUCCUAACGAUUCCGAGCGGGGGUGUGACCUUGCAGGGUCUGAAGCACAAUGUGGCGGUCUCCAUACUGUUCAUAUACCACUGGCUGGCUGGAAUCGGCCAUUUCUUCUAUAGCGGCAAUGUUGAGGAUUCCGCCACGGCUGAAAUAUCUAGAUGUCAGAUUUGGCAGUGGAUUCGGUUUGCGCCCGCACUAGAAGACGAUCCGAAACAGCAUGUCACCGCCAAACUGGUGGAAAAAGCGGCAGCUAACUUCUCCACGUACGCCCACAAAAACUUCUGCCGAUCGAACGCGGAACGCAAACGGCUCACCGCAGCUAGGUACAUGAGUAUGGAACUGUUCCUUAGCAGGAAUCCACCAGAGUUCAUCACCAGCUACCUCAACGAUAACCACAAGUUUAGGACGCUGCACAACAAAGCGUUGUUGAGCAAUUUGUAAAAACGUUAUUUUCGCUAAAGUUGAACUAUAAUGUAGAUGGCGCUAGCGUAUGCAUAGUUGAGUAUAUUUGUCUACAUCAGGGGUGGCCAACUUGAUUAGACAUAAGAUCUACUGUUUACUAACGAAACCCUGGGCAAUCUAUUACUUACAUACUUCUUGAAAUCUUGUACCUACACAAUCAUGUAG